ACCCCACAGCACUCAUAUACUACGUACAGCCUUGCUCGGGCCCCAUCCAGUAACAGCCACUACGUAGCAGCGCCCCACUUCCGCCAGUCAUCCGCGACAACAUACCUCAUCAUACCUCCUCCUCCGCCGGCUGGCCGUACCCGAACCCCACCACCGUGUCCACGCCGAAUAGGGACAGGUACGGACAGGAGCUCCCAACAGGCCGACGACAGAAUUUAGACUUAGCCGAGCGAGAGCGAGAGAGAGAGAGAGAGAGAGAGGAAAGGGGGGUGGGUGUCCGUUAAUAGGAAGAGAGUAUAGUUCCGAAAGAGUGGGAAGGGUGGGGAAGUAAGAGACAAAAACCAGCAAUGUCGCAGACGACGCCCGGCCGCCGCCCGGGGCCCCUGCUCGCCCUUGGCUGCGAGGGCAGCGCCAACAAGCUCGGCAUCGGCGUGGUGUCGCACGACCCGGCGACGGGGCGCACCGAGGUGCUGUCGAACGUGCGGCACACGUUCGUGUCGCCGCCGGGGACCGGGUUCCUGCCGAAGGACACGGCGCGGCACCACCGGGCGCACUUCGCCGCGCUCGCGCGGCGCGCGCUCGCCGACGCCGGCGUCGACCGCCCCGCUGAGCAGCUCAGCUGCGUGUGCUACACGCGGGGGCCCGGGAUGGGCGCGCCGCUGCAGGCCGUCGCCGUCGGCGCGCGCGCGCUCGCCCUGCUCUGGGGCCGCCUCCCCCUCGUCGCCGUCAACCACUGCGUCGGCCACAUCGAGAUGGGCCGCGCCGUCACCGGCGCCGCCGACCCCGUCGUCCUCUACGUCUCCGGCGGCAACACCCAGGUCAUCGCCUACGCCGAGCGCCGCUACCGCAUCUUCGGCGAGACCCUCGACAUCGCCGUCGGCAACUGCCUCGACCGCUUCGCCCGCGCCCUCCGCCUCAGCAACGACCCCGCCCCCGGCUACAACAUCGAGCUCCGCGCCCGCGCCGCCGCCGCCCGCCCCGGCCGCCCCCCGCUCCUCCUAGACCUCCCCUACGCCGUCAAGGGCAUGGACUGCAGCUUCAGCGGCAUCCUCAGCGCCGCCGAGCUCCUCGCCGCCCGCAUGCGCGACCAGGACGCCCGCCUCGCCGCCGGCGAGACCCUCCCCGACGGCGAGGAGCGCCUCACCCCCGAGGACCUCUGCUUCAGCCUCCAGGAGACCGUCUUCGCCAUGCUCGUCGAGAUCACCGAGCGCGCCAUGGCCCACGUCGGCAGCGGCCAGGUCCUCAUCGUCGGCGGCGUCGGCUGCAACGAGCGCCUCCAGGAGAUGAUGGGCCAGAUGGCCCGCGCUCGCGGCGGCAGCGUCUACGCCACCGACGAGCGCUUCUGCAUCGAUAACGGCAUCAUGAUCGCCCACGCCGGCCUGCUCGCCUUCGAGACCGGCUUCCGCACCCCGCUGGAGGAGAGCACGUGCACGCAGAGGUUCAGGACAGAUGAGGUUUACGUAAAAUGGAGAGACUAAUCCAUCUCAGCCCUCGCCGAUUUCGUCUUGUGUGCUUGCCUAUCUGUGUUGUGAUCCGACGAACUUUGUAGGCCCUUGUACUCUCUUGCCUUUUCUCGGCUGUAAUUCUCUUGUGUCACGUAUCUCCCUCUAUACAUCUGCGCUGUCAUGUUACCCUCAACAGGGAACCUAUUAUCUGUGGUGCGUAUAACACGGGCCGCAUCGCGCGACACGCGAACGGAACAUCACCC